AUGGGUGGACGAAUUGAUGCCUACGUCGACGUUGCGUCGUUCUUCAGUUAUGUUGCUUUCCAUGAGCUGAGACAGAAUCUGGAGACCCUCCAGAGCCAUGGCGUUACCGUCGAGUUUCACCCUGUUUUGAUCGCGGCCAUCAACAACCUCUCCGGCAACAAGCCGCCAUGGGUCGUCCCAGCCAAGGGGAAAUACCUAGCCAUUGACUCCCGUCGCGCCGCAGAGCGUGUCGGGCUGACGAACCUCAAGACGCCCGAGGACUUUGUGAAGAGGGCGCUGACGGUCUCAACCCAGAGAGCGCUGCACUUUGUUAAGCAGCACUACUCUCACGAGAUCCUCGUCGCGACCACGGCCACUCUGAUGGCGAAGUUCUGGACACCGCCGCACGUCAACCUCACCAUUGACGAGAACCUAGCCCAGGUGCUGCGCGAGGUCACCGAUGGUGGGGAGCAAGGGAACAGGGUCUUCACGCAGGACGAUGUGGAGAGGAUCAUGAAGGGCCGAGAGGAGAUGAAGGAGAGGCUCAAGAACACGACGCAAAAGGCGGUUGAGCUCGGUGCAUUUGGGGCCCCAUGGCUAUGGGUCACCAACGACAGUGGGAAGAGCCAGCCCUUCUUUGGCAGCGACCGGUUCAACCAUGUCUAUGAAUUUCUGGGUGUGCCGCACCAGGACGUGGCUCUGCUGCCACCGUCCAAGUUGUAA